AUGUCGUCUCCAGCCACUGCGAAGUCAUAUGAGGAGAGACGCGCAGAAGUCGUUGCAGCUACUGCCCACACCAUUGAGCUCGCUCAGAAUGCGGACCGACAGGCUAUGAGCCAUGCACGCCGUACCCGCCAGGGUAAAGAUGACUGGGAGGGCCUUACGGCCAAUGAACAAGCUGCCGUGUUAGCUACAACGCAGCAGGAUAUCAUGGACAGGCGCACCGCUCGUGGUAUUGACGCCAAUUCCCGCCUCACAGCCGCUAUUAAUGAUGAGAGUGCGGCUAUUGCGGCCAUUAAUGCAGAGGAGCUGGAGGAGAAGUUGAAGGCCCUACCAAAGGGUGAAGGCAAAGCUACUGGCAAGACAUCGACUAGUGACAGCGGUGAAGAAAAUACCUUAAAGGAUAGCCUCAACGGCUUCAUAGUCGGGGUUCGUGUAGAGGAGGAGGAGGAGGUGGAGGAGGAGGAGGAGGAGGAAGAAGAGGAGGAGGAGGAGAAGGAGGAGGAGGAGUAA